ACGGCUUACCGCGGACUGAGCGAGCGCGAGGUUCAGCAUAUAAAGCUGCUAAGAGCAGAUUCGAGUGGGUCCUGAGAUUUGACUCCAAGGCAAUGUUGCAGAAGACAGUGCUCUUACUGGCCCUGGUGGCUCAGGUACUGAUGCUGGAGAAUGGGCUACUGCGGACUCCACCCAUGGGCUGGCUGGCCUGGGAACGCUUCCGCUGUAACAUCGACUGUGUGGAGGACCCGAAGAACUGCAUCAGUGAACGGCUCUUUAUGGAGAUGGCGGACAGACUGGCCCAGGAUGGAUGGCGGGACCUGGGCUAUGUAUACCUCAACAUCGAUGACUGCUGGAUUGGUGGGCGUGACGCCUCAGGCCGCCUAAUUCCUGAUCCCAAGCGCUUCCCUCACGGGAUUGCCUUCCUAGCUGACUAUGCUCACUCUUUGGGUCUGAAGCUGGGCAUCUAUGAGGACAUGGGCAAAAUGACCUGCAUGGGUUACCCUGGUACCACCCUAGACAAAGUGGAGCUGGACGCGGAAACCUUCGCGGAGUGGAAGGUGGACAUGCUGAAGUUGGAUGGCUGUUUCUCCAGCUCCAGAGAACGUGCAGAGGGGUACCCCAAGAUGGCUGCUGCCCUGAACGCCACGGGCCGUCCCAUUGCCUUUUCUUGCAGCUGGCCAGCCUAUGAAGGGGGCCUACCCCCCAAGGUGAACUACACCGAGGUUUCCAGGGUCUGCAAUCUCUGGCGCAACUAUAAAGACAUCCAGGACUCCUGGAAGAGUGUGCUGUCCAUCCUGGACUGGUUUGUGAGACACCAGGAUGUACUGCAGCCGGUGGCGGGUCCUGGGCACUGGAAUGACCCAGACAUGCUGCUCAUCGGGAACUUUGGCCUGAGCUUCGAUGAAUCCCGGGCACAAAUGGCCCUGUGGACAGUGCUCGCAGCCCCCCUCCUCAUGUCCACGGACCUGCGUACCAUCUCCCCUCAGAAUAUGGACAUUCUUCAGAACCCACUCAUGAUCAAAAUCAAUCAGGACCCCUUAGGCAUCCAGGGACGCAGGAUCUUAAAGAGCAAAUCCCAUAUCGAAGUGUUCAAGAGGUAUCUGUCUAACCAGGCCAGUGCCCUGGUUUUCUUCAGCCGCAGGACAGACAUGCCUUUCCGCUUUCAUUGCUCCCUCUUGGAACUAAACUACCCCAAAGGCAGAGUGUAUGAGGGCCAGAACGUCUUCACAGGAGAUAUCUUCAGUGGUCUCCAGACUGAAGUCAACUUCACUGUGAUCAUCAAUCCUUCGGGGGUUGUGAUGUGGUACCUCUAUCCCAUCAAAGACCUGGGGAUAUCCACGAUGAUGUCCCACUGGUGAGGACCCAAGAAUGACAGGCUACGGCAGCCCCACUGAGCCUGGACCACGGAGCCUUGACAGGCCAAGGACAUGGCAGGGCUCUGUCCUCCACAGGCUGCUUGGUGAUGUGACCUCCACCCCCCAAAGUGCAUUUGCAGGGCCCAGGUUCAAUGCCAGGUCCAGCUGAAGCAGGGGCCUUCUUGGAAGCUUGGAACUCUUGGGACAGUUUCCUGUGGCCUUCCGGCCUCUGCCCCUACACAGCUCUGCAGAUUUCACUCGGCCAGCCUCCCGAGCCCCCCGCAGGCAGGGUCCUGAUGCCCACUGGACUCCAGCCUCUGACUUUGCUGACUCAGAAAUCAGGAUUUGGAAUUUUUAAAAUUAAGAAGAGAGACCUGACUCCUUGCCAGGAAUUCUCAGAAUCAUGUGAUUAGCCUUCCUCCUGGAGAAGGCCUUUGCAGUUGAUACCCUGAGGGAGUGAAGGAGGAAUCAGAGACCUUAGCUCCCUCAGGUCGCUAAUAAAGCUGUUUUUUUUUUUAA